UGGUCCAAAUUUCGACACGAACUGGAUGUGCUGAUGCUGUACAACACUCGCGGCGUCCCGCACUUUCCCUCGUUGCGUCUAGCGCCCGAUGUUGGCUGCCUGCCUGGCUUGCUAGUGUCUUUACGCCUCUAGCUUGUUGUUUCGGCCAGCGUAAAAACGGGAGGCUACGACGCUGUCGGGCUGCCCAACUUGCUGGAUGAUCCUCACAAAAUGCGCCGUCUGCGCCACCGAGCUUGGCUUAUCACUGGGCAAGAAAUGCGGCCGCUGCAGCACGCGCUAUUGUGGGCCUGAAUGCCAGGUGCAGCAUUGGAAAGAGGGCGGCCACGACACGCUCUGCAAACCAAUAAAAAAGGCAGGCGGCGCCGAGCAAUACAACGCAAAUAACAAGUACACAGAGGCCGUCGCGGUCGCGGCGGAGGCGUGCGCUGACGACACGAAGGGCCAGACGUGCUUCAUCUGCACGCAGGCCUUCCAUUGGAAGACGAAGGAGGGCCUCGUGCGCGGGUGCGCGUGCCGCGGGACGUCUGGUUUUGUGCACGUGUCGUGCUUGGCGGAGCAGGCGAAGAUUUUGGUCGCGGAAGCCGAGGAGAACAAUUUGGGCGACAAGGCGUUUGAUGAGAGGUUCCAGCGGUGGCACACGUGUAGCCUGUGCGAGCAACAAUACCACGGCGUCGUAUUGUGCGCGCUCGGGUGGGCGUGCUGGAAGACGUACCUGGGGCGGCCGGAGGCGGACUGGAUUCCGGGAGCUGCGAUGGCGCUGCUUGGUAGCGGCCUAUCCAGUGCAGACCACCACGAGGACGCGUUGUCCGUGGAAGAGGCUAUUUUGUCCAUGAAGCAGCGCCUUGGCGCAUCGGAAGAAAACGUGCUCGUUGCGCAGAGCAAUCUUGCGGUCACGUAUGGAGAGCUUGGAAAUAUGGAAAAGGCCCUAAGCAUAGAGCGAGACGUAUACUCCGGACGUCUAAAGUUAAACGGCGAGGAGUAUCCACUUACCCUCCAAGCAGCCUACAACUACGCAGGAUCCCUCGUCAAUUUACGGCGCUUGAAAGAAGCCAAAUCACUGCUGCGCCGAACGAUGCCCGUGGCGCGACGCAUUUUCGGCGAGAGGAAUGAAGUCACGCUCAGGAUGAGGAAAGCUUAUGCGGUAGCGCUCUACAAAGACGACGGCGCCACGCUCGACGAUCUCCGUGAGGCUGUGACGACACUCGAGGAUGCGGAACGGACCGCGCGGCGUGUGUUUGGCGGCGCACACCCGCUGGUAACGAUGCUUGAGAGCAAGCUGCGAUGUGCUGGAGCCGCGCUCGUAGCCCGCGAAGUGAGUGCCAUCCGCGAGGCCAUGGCCGCGAUGACGCCGAGCGAUGCGCACGACGACCCAUCUAGCUAAGAGUAAACAGUA